AUGGAGGUGCGAGUAGUGCAGUCAGCGGCCACCACCGCCAAACCCGCCGAAUCUAUCGCCACCUCCUCGUCUGAUGCGCGACCGACUUGCACGCAGCUCGCGGCGAUCACGCCGCCCGAAGCGGCGGCCCUCGUGCCCAAGGAGGACUUUUCGGACAUUGAAGAGACGCGCUUCUGGGAGGACGAGGGCGAGGACGUGGAGGGGCGCAUCGUCGUGCGAAUCGUCGGCAAAUACCUCCCAGCCCACGUCUUCCCCACAGACCACGUGGAGCGCUACAUUCAUUAUAAGCUACACGAGAUCUUCUCAUUGGCCGGCCCCGACCGCCACGUCAGCAUCCUGUACAUCCACACGGAGUGCGAAUCCCUCAACGACAACCCUCUCCUCGCCUUCCGAGACAUCUUCCAAGGCCUCCCUCCGAACCUGCAGCAGAGGGUCGGCGCGGUGUACAUCCUACACCCGAGCCUGACUCUCAGGCUCGGGCUCUGGUUGCUGUCCCCAUGGCUGAGUGACAGUUCCUAUGGGAGCACAUACAGUACGGGAGGAGCAGGUGUUCCUGCCUCAGUUCUGCCUCCCGGCAUGCCCUCUCAAGCUGCACCCACAUCUCCAUCCCUCCUUCCCACCACCCCCAGCCUGUAUUCCCGCAUGGUUUGUGUGAGCCGGGUGGAGUUCCUAUGGGAGCACAUACAGGAAGACCAGGUAGACCUGCCCCAGUUCUGCCUGCCUAAAUUCCUCCUUCCCCGCUCUCCCACCACCACCACCCCCCUCCCCUCCAGCCUGUAUUCCCGAGUGGCAUUUGUGAGCCGGGUGGAGUUCCUAUGGGAGCACAUACGGGAAGACCAGGUAGACCUGCCUGAUUUUUGCAUGGCGCACGAUGGCAAGCUGGAGGCGCACCCGCUGCUGGACUAUGGCUUCCAGCUCGAUAGAGUAGCGGCCGGGCAGCACCUGCCCGUGGGGCUCUAG